AUGGUGUCGCGGGCAGGAUCAAAGAUCCGCAAGCCGACUGCACGGGAGCUGAAGGACAGCAAAUUGCCGUGUCCCAGCCCUAGCAACUCCGAUAAUGUGGUUGACAAUAUUGUAAAAAAUGAUACUCGCCAGCGAUGCGCUCAAUCUGAAUCUUACUCCGCCGUUACCUCCACCAGAGAAGUUCACCGCGGGCUGCAACUACCCACGAUGGAACUCCAAGCCUCUGCUUACAUCCAAAGGUUCCCAAAGGAAGAGCAAAGUGUUGCCCUGCUGGGUUUGCUGACCAGAGACGCUGCAGAUCGCGCAUUCCAGGCCAAUGUCUUCGAUGGUGAUGACCUGGAAGCCACGUUCGCCCAGUUACGUGAGCUGCUGGACACGCCGCUUCAUCCUGUCGAAUAUCAGACGCAGUUCCACGCGAUGCGCCAGGAUAUGGGUGAGACCACCGAAGCGUACGCGUAUCGCGUGAGGCAGCUGGUGGCGAAAGCGUUUCCGGGGGACACCAGCGAGGGGCAGGAGCGCAGCGCAAUGGAACGCUUUGUCGAAGGGGUAGCCAACCAUUCCGUGAAGAACAGGCUGAUUACGAAACCCCAAGAAAGCUUUAAUGAGACCGUGUUACUGGUGCGGGUGACAGAGAAGCUCCAGCGGGCCGUUCAAAAACCGGACGCACAAUGUUGGGCCAUUUCCCAACAGCAGCCACCCCAACGGACAAACCCAUGGGCGUGGAGACCGUAUCGUCAACCAGUGGCCGGGCGCCCUUAUUCCUGA